AUGGCACAGCCUCUGGGUCUUACGGCAACGGAUAUUGAAUUUGGGGAGGCCACCCCGGAGCAGCGAGAGGUCUCCUGGACCCUUUGCGCCAAAAGCUGGGCGGACCCCAUUUCCGCUGAUGAUUACAUAGAACGGGAACGGCACAUGGCGAACCAUGAGCUCAACCGCGAUGGUGGAUGCCAGUACUGGGUUCUCUUCCUUAAAGGGUACCCGAAACAAAUCAUCGCCAGCUGCGAAACGACUCGCAAGCCGGUGCUCAUUGCUGACAGUCAAGGGCGCCCAGCCCGCAAGGGCUGCGGAUACUCGGUCACCAAUGCCUACACGAACCCAUCGUACCGGAGACAAGGUAUGGCGGCCUUUCUCUUGCGCCGGGUAAAGGAGCAGAUGGAUACCGACGGCGACUUCAGCGUGUUGUACAGCGACAGUGGGCGAAGUUACUAUACCGGCUUAGGCUGGGCCCCGUUCGCGAGUCGACAGGCGACCCUCACCAUCCUCCCAUCGCCUCCAUCGGCGGCGUCCAGAUCUCGGAGCAGUUCCCUCACGGCCUCCGAAACUCAUUCCUUGCGGACCUCGGAUCUUCCGGAACUCUGCGCGCAAGACUGUGAUCACCUUACAAAAGCCUUCGACGCCCUCCCGCUUUGCAACAAGACUUAUAUCGCUGUGCUCCCGACGCACGCCCAAAUCACAUGGCACCUGGCCCGGGCAGAAUUUGACGCCCGCAAGAUUCUCAACCUUAACACCGCCAACGGUGCCAUCGCCAAUCCCGCGCUCGCUAUUGGUGCCAUCACACCCGCCCGCUCCGCUUGGAUUUACUGGUCGCACGACUGGCGCAACAAACGGUUACGGGUCCUGCGCAUCGCGCGGGCGGGCCUAGACAACGGGGGUGCCUCGGCCGAGGAGCGGGUCGUGGCGAUCGCGGCGCUGCUCGGGGCAGCUGUGGAUGAAGCACGCCGAUGGGGGUUGAGCAAGGUGGUGGUCUGGAACCCGGAAGAAGAGGUGCGAUCUGGGUGCAAAUGGACGGGCAACGCACAACCGCACGGCGUGAAAGUGGUGUUUGAGGAACGGGUCGAGGGGCUGGUGCCGAUGCUGAGGUGGAAGGAGGGGCAAGGGGUGAUGGGGGUGAAGUGGGAGCGGAAUGAUGCGUAUUGCUGGUGUUGA